AUGGCUCCGAAUUAUCCCGUUGAUGAUGUGCAAGUAAAGGUUGAAUUGGAUGGAUCAAACUUUCAAGAACAGGGGCGAAUUCACAGCAACGCACAAUCAACCAGAUUACCAUCAAUCGUAUCACAAUCAUUACUCGACUGGAUCGUUGAAUACAAAUCCUGCGAAAGAUUUUUUCUCAUUCAUGCACAGGCUUCUCCUCUCGUCCAAGCGAUUUGCACAUAUAUGAACAUCCGAUUACAAUAUCAGAAGAUUGCAGUUUCCCCUCCAACUACACCAAUUCCAUGGCUUCCAUCUCAGCCAAAUCUAUGUGUUCCACAUCCCCAAAAUCUACCGCUUCCGCAUCUACAUACUCCACCUUCGGGGAACAGCAACUUACAAACAGUGUCAUUGGUCCCAUACAUUCGCCGCCUAGUUUGCACCGGACUCAACACCGAGCUCAUUCUUAUGGAAUUCUUUGGCCGCGGCUGGUCCAGUGGCAUUGGUCAAAUACUGCAACAAGAAGAACAAAACUACCUCUUUGCUGCAAAGAGUGCUGACUGGCACCAAGUGAAGUUAGCAUAUGACAUCAGCAGUGAAGAGACAGCCCCGUUUCUGGUUCCGUUGAAGGAGGCAACAAUGCAGAAGAUCGUGGAUGCCGAGCACAAUUGGAGCGAGUGGCUAGCAAUGCAGGACUGGAUGCUCGGGCCCAGGCGCCCUGCUUCGUUGGAUUCUUGA